AUGGGAAAGCUUAGAGCCAAAUCCGAUUAUGAAAGUCUCAGGAACGCUCGCAUCUUAGAGAACCAGGCUCGAUUAGCCUCUCUGGGAGUGCACAACACCAUCUCCGAGCUCCGGUCGAUUGUUUCGUCUGCAAAACCAGGGAAAAUCGAGGUCAGAAAAUGGCAAAAGAAAGAAUACGACAUCAGGCCUUUGCGCCGCUCCAAUCGUUUCAAACGAAUUCGUACUGCGUCAACUCACACUGGCAAGUUUUUGCGUCGCUCUAACCGGCUCAGAGCCAGAGUUAAAAUAGGAAAGGUGAUUGACUAUGAAGAGAGUGAAGAAGGGAGAAAUUCUUCUUCGGGCGAAGGGAAUGAAAAAAGGCCUGCAAAUGCUCAAUCGGGGACUAUAUAUGGUGGGAGGCAUCAAUUAUCGCCUGAGGAUUCUGCUCGGCGCUGCCGUCGCAAGGAGGGGAGGGGCAGUGUUUACAACCCUGUUUUUGGAAUUUGCUGCCAUUUCUGCAGGCAAAAGACAUUGUGCGCUGAGGAAGAUUGCAAGCGAUGUGCUAAUCUUGAUGUAAAUCAGCCCUGCAUAGGGAAGACAGAUUGUUCAGUUUGUCACUCUAACAAUGGUGUUCUGUGUCGGGCUUGUCUCAAGGUUAGGUAUGGUGAAGAACUGGAGGAGGUAAGAGAAAAUAAGGAAUGGAUGUGCCCUCACUGCAUAGAAGAAAAAGGAAUCAACCCUUAUUGGAUAUGUAAUAGUUCACUGUGCUUGAAGAAUCGAAAGAUGGCUCCAACUGGAAUAGCAAUUUACAGAGCUCGGGAGCUGGGAUACAAGUCAGUUGCACAUCUGCUGAUGGAUGAGCUUCAGCGUGGAGAUCCUUCGAGAUUGGGAUGCAGCAAGUGA